CUGCUCCUCCUCACAAUCACGGCACGGCGAUGACGAUGACCUUGCGACGCCAUCUUACACUUUCCUACUGCCUCGCUGCCUCUGCCGCCGCCCUCCUCCUCGUCUUCCCCCACGCGCCGCUAGCCGCCGCGCAACCGCUGCCGUGGCAGCUGUGCAACGACACCGCCGGAAAUUACACCGAGAACAGCGCCUACCAAGCCAACAUCCGUCGCCUCGCUACCGCUUUCCCGGAUAACGUGUCCUCGUCCUCCCCCCCGGCUCUCUUCGCCACCGGCGCCGCAGGCACGGAGCCGGACGUUGUCUACGCCCUUGCGUUCUGCCGCGGGGAUGCCGAACCCUCAGUGUGCGCGAGCUGCGUUAACAUGGCGUUCCAGUGGGCGCAGCAGCUCUGCGCACUCAACAAGGGCGCCACCCUGUACAACGAGCUAUGCACCCUCCGCUACGCCGACUGGGACUUCCUGAUCAACACCACCGACAACAGGGGGAGAUACAUCGCCUGGAGCUAUGAAAACGUCAGCGCGACGACGGCGGCGGCGUUCGAUGCUGCCUCCGGCCGGCUCGUCAACGCCACUGCUGACUACGCAGCGACGGACGCAGUCAGCCAUUUCGGCACAGGGGAAGCAGGUUUCGACGAGACUUAUCCCAUGAUUUACUCGCUGGCGCAGUGCACGCCGGACAUGACGGCGGCCGACUGCCGGACAUGCCUCGGAGACAUUAUUAGGAGGACGAGACCCAAGUAUUUCGCCUGGAAGAAAGGCGGGAGAGUUAUGGGGGUGCGGUGCGUCUUCCGGUUUGAGACAUAUCCUUUCUUCAUUGGUCGCCCGCUGCUGCAACUCCCGGGUCCGCCCGGGCCGCCGCCAGCCAACAUGGCCCCACCGGCGACCGGCCGAGGACGGGUCUUGGCCAUUGCAGUGCCUUUAGCUGCUGCAAUAUUAGCUCUCACUGUGGCAUGCUUUUGUUUUUCGAGUAGGAGAAUACAAGCAAGGAAGACCUCAAGGAUACCAUAUUCCACUCAUCCAGAUGGCAUUCAAAGCAUCGAUUCGCUCCUUCUUGACCUAUCGACGUUACGGGCAGCAACGGAUAACUUCGCUGAAAGCAAUAAGCUUGGCGAAGGAGGGUUUGGUGCGGUUUAUAAGGGGGCACUUUCUGAAGGUCAUGAAAUAGCCGUGAAGAGGCUCUCACUUGGCUCCAAACAAGGGGUAGAAGAGCUGAAAACUGAGCUAGUAUUAGUUGCCAAGCUUCAACACAAUAAUCUUGUGAGGCUCGUUGGCGUCUGCUUGGAAGAAGAAGAGAAACUGCUAGUGUAUGAAUACAUGCCAAAUAGGAGCCUCGACACUGUUCUUUUUGAUUCUCAGAAAAGCAAAGAGCUGGAUUGGGAGAAGAGACUCAGGAUUGUAAACGGAGUUGCUCGAGGCUUGCAAUAUCUCCAUGAAGAGUCGCGACUGAAGAUAGUUCAUCGAGACCUCAAACCAAGCAAUGUGCUACUCGACUUUGAUUACAACCCGAAGAUCUCUGACUUCGGCUUAGCAAAACUCGUCGACAGGGAUCAAACCCAAGGUGUCACUUGUCACAUUGCUGGAACAUAUGGAUACAUGGCACCAGAAUACGCGAUGCGUGGGCGGUAUUCAGUCAAGUCCGACGUGUUCAGUCUUGGUGUUUUGAUCUUAGAGAUUGUCACAGGGAAGAAAAACAGUAGUUUCGCUAACUCAGAAGAAUCUGUUGGUCUCUUGAGUCUUGUAUGGGAGCACUGGACCACGGGAACAAUUGAAGAGAUGCUGGAUCGGUUCCUGGGCCGCCAAGCUCCCCAAGACCAGAUGUUGAAGCUUGUCAACAUUGGGCUACUGUGCGUUCAAGACAACCCUGCAAAUAGGCCGACGAUGUCGUCAGUAAACAUCAUGCUUAGCAGCAACACCGCCUCCCUCCAGGCACCAUCAAGGCCAACAUUUUAUUCGGAUGCGUAUCCCAGGGCGUUUCAGUCCACUAGCAAAUCGAAGGCAAUAAUGUCGCCGAAUGAGGCGUCGCUCACAGAGCUCGAACCAAGAUGAGCAUGAGCCUUCGAAGGAACCACGCAAUCAUCGUUUGCCGUUCUUGAUAAAUAAAUCUUCCGGUGGACGGAGAAAUCCUACCCGAUGCAUUCGUGCCUUUAAAAUUUGUGUUAUAUUACGAAGAAAUUGUGAAGUGGAAUUGCACAGCUAGUACGUAUAUUGUCCAAAAUGAUUCAAGCUGUGAGUUGUCUCCACUUUCUGAAAAAGAAA